AUGAAUGAUAUGAAUGAACAAAUAAAGAAAAAAAAAAGUUUUCAAAUCUUCAAAUCUCCUUCAUGUCAGGAAGCUUCCAUGAUUAAUCAUCAUGAAACACAACAUGAAAAAAAAUGUAAAGUUGAUAAUACAUGGGACUUGACAAGAGAGGAAGCAGACAAAAUAAAAAGGAUCCCUCCACCAUCAAAUUUUUGCAAAGAAUAUAAUCCAGAUUACAUUUUCAAUUUCUGUCCAAAUUAUACAAACAUUCCUGUGGCUCUAUACCAUCCUGUUUUUGGUAGGUUCAUGGAUCAAUCUUUGGAAGAACAAGAUGCCAAGUCAUUGAAGAAUGGAUUGAAUGAGCUGAAAAUUCAUUAUGAAGCUGUUAAACCAGAUAGUAUAGACAUUCCACGCCAAUCAUGCUUUCCUUAUCCUAAAUCUUUCAGUAACAAUAAUGGAGAUAAAACCCAAUUUAUUUAUUUAAAAGAACUUUAUGAAAAAAAAUCUCUCUUUCUCAUACAAGAUGAAAAGGCCAAACAAUAUGUUGUUAAGUUUAUACCUAAUAAUUAUGGUGCUGAUGCCCACAGAUAUUGCCAUGACCUAAAAAUUGCACCAGAGCUUAUUGCAGUUGAAAACAUUGAAGGAAAUUGGAAAAUGGUUGUUAUGGAAUAUUUAUCACCAGAUAUCUUUACAGAUCUCUACUCUUAUCUACAAUGUCAACCCUCUGACCAACAUCUGUUAAAGAAAAAAGCUAUGGAUAUUAUUGAGUUGCUCCAUAAUGGUGACUUUGUACAUGGAGAUUUGCACCCCUCUAAUAUUAUGGUCUCUCUAUCUGAGACAGAAGAUAAAGUGCUGAAAUUGAUUGAUUUUGAUUGGUCAGGAAAGACCUACAGUACAAAGUAUCCACUAACAAUAAAUACCAAAAUAUCUUGGCAUCCAGAGGUGUGUGCUGGUGCAUAUCUUAAAAAGGAACAUGAUAUUUAUCUUCUAGAAAAAAGCUUUGAUCCUAAUGAACUUCUUUAA